CCUUCCGGCCGCGCCGGGGCUCUUGUCAACAUGGUAGCGGGGGGCAGUCAUCGGCGGUGGCUGCUCUGGGCGGCAGUGGUUGCACAUGUGGUGGCGUCAGGUGCGGGUUUUGUGGAGGAUCUAAAUGAGUCGUUUAAAGAAAGCCGUAAAGAUGAUAUUUGGCUUGUAGAUUUUUAUGCACCUUGGUGCGGCCACUGCAAGAAACUGGAACCUGUGUGGAAUGAAGUGGGUAUAGAAAUGAGAAACAUGGGAUCUCCAGUAAAAGUUGGGAAGAUGGAUGCAACUUCCUUUUCUAGUAUUGCAUCUGAAUUUGGAGUGCGAGGCUAUCCAACAAUUAAGCUCUUAAAAGGUGACUUGGCAUACAACUACAGGGGACCUAGAACCAAAGAUGAUAUAAUUGAAUUUGCUAAUAGAGUGGCAGGACCUCUUAUCAGGCCACUUCCAAGCCAGCAUAUGUUUGACCAUGUGCAGAAGAGACAUCAUGUGCUUUUUGUGUAUGUUGGUGGUGAAUCUCCUUUAAAGGAAAAAUACAUUGAAGUUGCUUCAGAACUAAUAGUUUAUACAUACUUUUUUUCUGCCUCAGAAGAUGUGCUGCCUGAGUAUGUGACAUUGCCUGAAUUGCCUGCUGUUGUGGUCUUCAAAGAUGGAACUUACUUUGUUUAUGAUGAGUAUGAAGAUGGUGAUUUGUCAUCCUGGAUAAAUAGAGAAAGAUUUCAAGGCUAUCUUCAUGUAGAUGGCUUCACGCUGUAUGAACUUGGAGAUACAGGAAAACUUGUGGCUAUUGCAGUCAUUGAUGAUAAAAACUCUUCAGUGGAACAUACCAGACUAAAAUCUAUUAUUCAGGAAGUUGCUAGAGAUUAUCGGGAUCACUUUCACAGGGAUUUCCAGUUUGGCCAUAUGGAUGGAAAUGAUUACAUUAAUAGUUUACUAAUGGACGACUUGACAAUCCCUACUAUCGUUGUGUUGAAUACCUCUAAUCAGCAGUAUUUCCUACCAGAUAUGCACAUUGAGAACACAGAAGACAUGGUUCAGUUUAUUAACAGUAUCUUGGACGGUACUGCUGAAGGACUUAAGAUUGCAAGGUCUGAAGAAUGAACUUUUGGAAUCAUAACUGAAAAGUGUCAGCAGUUUUGACAUGGUUCCAUUUGAAAUUUCAGGCACAGGGUGGUGAUGGACUUCUGCAACGAAUCAAGAGAAUAAUCUAUGAUGCCAAGUCUACUGUAGUGUCUGUGUUCAAGAGUUCACCACUUCUGGGAUGCUUUCUGUUUGGGUUGCCCCUGGGCGUCAUCAGCAUUAUGUGUUAUGGAAUCUGCACAGCUGAUACAGAUGGAGGGGUAGAUGAACAUGAGGCAGCUAAAAAGGAAAAUGGUGAUCGGGAGCUCACAGACGAAGGCAGUGAGGAAGAACAAGAGGAGGAAAAGAAUGGAAAAUAUACAGAACUUUCAGAUGGAGAACUGAAACAGAAAGACAUAAUGGAAAAGAAAAAAGACUAACCUGUUGAGCAAAAGAAUUCCCUAGAAUUUCCAAAUAGACUUAUUUAUUGAAGGUAGUCAUUUAUUGAUGAUCUUCAUGAGAGGACCUCUUUGUUUAUAUUAUGGUAGUUUUGACUUGCAUGUAUUCAAAUUUUCUCAGAAAUUGGCAGGUAAAAAAAUAUGGAUGUUCUCUUAAUUGUCUUUAAUAGAUUAACAAAGGGCAAUUUAAACUGAAAAAAUUUGCAGGUACAGUUCUCCACUGUUAUUCUGAGGAGUUUUGAAUUGUUUGUUUCCAGAACAAUGAGAUAAUGUUACUUGACCUUAGUGUAUGUCAUGAACUACUACUAAUAUAGCCCAGCUGAAUACUCAUUCAUGUAAAACUAAGGCUGAAAAUUAAGAAAGAUUUAAGAGAUCUGUAAAGUCUUUCGGAGCCUAAUAGCUAAAGACAACUUAGAAUUUUCCAAGAAGUCACGUGUUAUACUUGUUGCACAUAAUUUUGAAAAAAAACCCACAAAAACCAAACCACCCUAAACUUUUCUAUUUUCUCAAGUUAAAUGUAAAUUGUUAGGAAUUAGAGGACUGUUUUACCAUGUAGUAAUAUAAUUACUGGCAGUCAAGAAUGUUUACUUGAUACGGAAUGUGACGGUUAUAUGCUAAAUUAAGUUUUUGUUAGCGCUUUAGCAGCUAAACAUAUUGGAAAACUUCAUCAUAAACCUUUUGGAACAUGAUUGCCUGUUAAAUUAUUUUGUAUGAAUGUUUACACAAACUUACAGUGCAAAUGAUAUUUAAGUUUUCUGAAUCUGCAGUAUAACUUGAUAAAGGAAGACAAACACCCUUUAUUUUGCAGUAACUCUCUAAUGACAAGCCUUUUGAAUGGUGUAAAUUUGUUUAAUUCAGAUUGUUACAUAUAUUUUUAGGUAGUUGGUGUUGAUCAUUUUGUUAGAGACUGUUACCUACUCUGAAGGUGGGAGUUAACAGAGUGUAAUACUCAUAGAGAUUGGUCAGUAUAAUGCUUUUCUGUUAUCUGUUUCAUUAUAAAAGUCACUUUUAAUACAAUCAUGUGACACUGAAAAGGACUAGUUUGUGUCCAGGGUUGAAAUCUUCAACUAUAAGCUAUAAAGCAGACUUUGGCAUUGAUGUCUUGGAGAGUACCAUGGAAAAAAAAACCCUAAUAUUGCUCUUCCGCAUAAGUAUUUAUCAUGCGGUUUUUCUCUCUUUUUUUUUUCUUUUUUUUUUUUUUUAAUGUUAUAUGGCACUGUAAUGCAGAUUAUAAUGUCCUCCUUACAAGGCAGCUUUAACACAUAAGAAAUUACUAUGCUAUAGCACUAAAUUAAGGAAUAUUAAGUAAAAAAAAUGGGUAAGCUUAAGUAGAGACGUUCUGUGUUUGAGUAAACCUGAUGAUGAUAUAAAUCAUAACCAGGGAAAAUGUAUUGCAUCCUUUUUCCUUGUAGGAAAGAAACUUGUUUCUUCUGUUUAAGUAACUUGGUAACAGCUGGCUUCAUGUUGCAGUGCAGAGUACAGUAAGUAGAUCCCGACUUCAAAGAUUUUUGUUAUCAGACAGUCUAAACAAUAUGUAAGAAGGUUAGAAUAUUUUUUCUUUUUUCCUUUUUUCUUUUUUUUUUUUUUUUUUUUUUUAAAUUCUGUGUCUUAUUUUAAGUUCAACCUUCUUCCUUUUGAGAGAGGAAAAAACAUGAUUUCAUAGAAUACUGAGUAGCAGAUGUUUGAUAGGUUGGGGUUUUUCUUCCCCCUUUUCUCCUUUUUCCUUCUAUAAAUUGCCUUUUUUCAUUUUUUAUCAUUACAGCUAGUUGUACAUAAUGACUUGAGUUUUCUUGCUUUUUGAUUUUAGUUUUAUUUUUUUGGCAGAAUCUUUGAGGUGAGAAAUAAUUCAAAUAUAUUUUCAAAUAUAUUUGAAAAGUGAGAUGCUUAAAAAUGUGUUUAGAAAGAGUUUUUUUUAACAUGGUGUGGAGAUCCUGAGUUGUUUUAAAAAGAUGAGAAACUUGUCGAUUCCUUUGUACUUUAGCACAACUCAGUGCUAAUAGUCAAAAUAUAGGACUGUUAAGGCAGUAAUAUAUCUUCUUGAUUUUUCUCUUAAGAUUACAGUUGCAGAUCAAUUACAUAUUUAGUUUUGGCUCGGGCUGGAAACCUGCAGCUUUUGACUUAAUAAAAACACUGAAGUGGUCAAUGGAACGUUGCUGUUCCUUCUAUGGUGUGUAAUAAAUUCUGAAUUCUGCUGCACUGCUAAGAACUGUUUCAACUGUGAGCCUUCAUUUCUGGUUUAUUAUUUUUGUUUGUGUUUAUAAUAAGUAGUAGCCAAAUAACUUGCUGAGAAAUCUGAGAUGUGGACCUGAAUAUGAUAAAUACUGUGUAAGAAAUGGAUCACAAUGGGAUCUGUUAAAACUGAAAACAACUGCUAGAGUUAGAAGGAAAGCAUGUCUCAGUCACUUCUGAACUGCAAUUUAAUCAAUCAGAUGUGUACUGAACUGUUGGAAAUUAAACUUGAAGUGUACUGCCAUUGUCAUCAAAUCCUUCUCCCAGCUAUAUUCAACAAGACACAAGGAGAAGAAAAGUGUACAAGUCAUAGACUGGGUGUCAGAUGUGAUGUGAAAUUAAGGGGUUUGCUGUGGUGAUACAAAUAAUUUAGGGUGCUGUCUGAGGGGGAAAGGUGGCAUUUUAUUUUUUUUCUUCAGUCUUUAAAGUUUCUUGAAGCAACUUCACUGUAAUAACUUCGAAUUCACAAAAUAAUGCUGCUUUUUUAAGUCAAGUGUAAGCCUUUUGUUUUUCUGUAAUAAAAAUAUUCAAAAGA